GAACACCAGCUCAACGAGCUGGACAAACAAGACCGCGAAGUGAAAAAACCCUCGUCCAAGUCGAACUCUCGCGGUUCGCGAUCGCACAGCUCGCCGUCGUUGGAUUCUGCGGGCGGACGUUUCGAGAGGUCGAACAGCAUAAACACGCCGUGCUACGUGCCGGGCGGCGAGGUGCUGCCGAUCCUCAUCAGGAACGAGCACAGCGUGUCGCCCAGCGGCAACGGCGACGCCUACAACACCAACAUCUACACGGUGGACAACGAGACGGUGCCAGAGAUGUGCGACAGCGCUUAUAGCUCGGGUAACAGCACUCCGAGCCACAGCAUCCACAACUCGCCGCCCGCCCCAUUCAGCACGUUCGGCUACAAAAAGGACACAAAGUUCAAAGCGGAAGCGAAGAUCGAGGUGCAGCCGCACAACCAGCACAACCACAACCACAAAGGCAACAAAAAGUAUGACGCCGACCCGCGUCAGAGGCCGUACAGCGUGCAGACGACCAAAUCGGCGCCCGACGUCAUCGUGACCCACUGA